AUGGAUGUCUUGCUGGAUGUACUAGAUACGUUUGUGCUGGAUCGCGCAUACGCCGCGGUCUUGCCUGUCCACGGCAAUCCCGUCAAGCCCUCUGUGCUAUAUAACGAGAAUGUCGGCCGUUAUCUGGAUCUUGCGCCUACUCAAUGGGCAUAUCUUUCGCGUUUGCCUAGAGAGCAUAUCCUACGGCAGUUUUUAAGCUUCUUUAUGAUUAUUUGGGUCUUCGGUCUGUUCCUAUACUUCCUUAGCGCAACCAUCUCCUACUACUUCGUCUACGACCAUCGAACUAUGCAGCACCCCAAGUUCCUGCGCAAUCAGAUCCCCAUGGAGAUCCGACAAGCAUUGAGCGCAAUGCCCGUCAUGUCCGCCUUGACAGCCCCAUUCUUCGUGGCCGAAACGCAAGGACUCACCAAGCUAUACGAUUUUCCGACAGAGGCCCCGUUCCCUCUUUACAACUACAUCCAGUAUCCGCUGUUCAUCGCGUUUACGGACUUUGGCAUCUACUGGAUUCAUCGUGGACUGCACCAUCCGAUGAUCUACAAGCGGUUUCACAAGCCGCAUCACAAAUGGAUCAUUUCGACUCCGUACGCUAGUUAUGCGUUCCAUCCGUUGGAUGGCUGGGCUCAAAGCGUUCCGUACCAUGUGUUCCCGGUUCUGUUUCCUCUUCAGAAGGCGGCGUACCUCGGUCUGUUUACGUUUGUCACCAUCUGGACUGUCAUGAUCCAUGACGGUGAAUAUGCGAUGAACUCGCCCGUGGUCAACGGGUCUGCUUGCCAUACUAUUCACCACUACUACUUCAACUACAACUACGGCCAAUUCACCACGUUCUGGGACCGCGUCGGAGGCAGCUACCGCAAGCCAAAUAUCGAGCUGUUCGACCGCGAGCAGCGCAUGGAGAAGAAGGAGAUUGACAAGCAAAUCAAGGAGAUGAACCAGUUGGUGAAAGAGGUUGAAGGCGAGGAUGAUCGGUGUUAUACUACAGGAACCGAGAAGGAUUCAUGA